GCCACCACUUCUCUCACUCGGGCAUCAAGAAGCCCGAAGCCCUUUUCUGAAGUUGCCCUCCAGACGAGAGAAUCCCUAAAAAGGCCCUAUUUUCCUCUGCCACUCUCAAUCCUCCCAGGCUAAAAAACACAACCUUUGCCUGCAAAUCAUGAUCAGAUUUUGUCACCUGUGCGCGGGCUGGACUGGUAGGAAAUAUCGGGAAAUUUUCAGAAAAAUCGGAAAAAAAAUCGGAUAUACAAACCGAAAAUUCGCCGAUAAAUUGCAGUGUCCGGCUAUUUUUUGAAGAUUUCGCCGAUUUUUCGUCUGCAUCCAUUUUUCGGCGAUUUUUCAAUAAGAGUAUAAGACACGGUGCUAAAUCUUAUCAAUAAACUUGUAUCUUAUAUUUAAAAGUCAAAGUUAAAUAUUAUAUUUCAGUACAUUGCCCUAAAACUCUGAGGGCAAACCUGAGAAAUUUAAAGCAUAAUGGUUAGAUACAGUGUAAUUUAUACUAAUAAUAAUAAGAAAGAAGAAGAAGGAGGAGGAGGAGAACUAUGCGGAUCACCUCAAAAUCCUCUCUGAUCCUUGAUAAUCCAAAGUUUAUUUUUAAAACACCUCAUCGUCUUAUUCAUUUCAAGUAAAACUAUAUAGAAGUUCUGUUGGUCGUCAUAAAUAAUAAACUAAAAUACAAUUAAAACUUAAAAACUAAAUACAUAACAACAAUAUUUAUUCCCAUCACAAAAUAAUCUCUCUCUCUUUUUUAAUUUUUUUAAUUUUGUAUAUUUUUACUAUAUCUAACCUUCCAUCGAAUAUGAAAUGGGUAUGUGUUUAGAGGGUAAUUGACAAUCAUAAAAAACCCCACAAUAAAUUCAUGCUAAAAAAAAAAUUGAGUGAAGAUAUGAAAAAGGAAGGUAGGUAGGUACAAAAAAGUGAUAAUUUUAAAGGUAAGAUUAAAAUUUUAUAUAAUUUUGUGUUUUUAAGUUUACUUCUUAAUUUUUAAUUUUUUUUUUAAAGUUGGUAUUGGAAAAUAAUUAAAAUAGUAUGACUAAUGAAGUAUUCACCUUAAGUUAUAUUGAGUUUUAUCCGAUGUUUUGAAAAUCGGAUUGGAUCGAUUGAUCCAACUAAUCGGACCGUCAACCGGUGGCCUUUUCGAUUUAAUUCACCCUUUUGAAUCGUUUAUCCAGUCUUAAACUACUUCAACCACCGAUGAAUUGGGUGAGUAGACACUUCUUCAAAAACCUAAGGGCUCAACACCACCUCCCUUUUUGACAAAAUGGGUCAAACCUCCUUUAUGGCCCAACAUUCAAUGCCCACUCUAUCUUGGAAAACGGGUCACUAGUCAUGCAUUGAGUCUCAUGCCCCAACAACCAUUUACUUUGUGAUGAAUGGGAAGAGGCUUAUAAAGGUCUUCAUAUCUCCUCUCAUUUGUUUGUGUUGAAACUUAAUUGGGAAUAAACUAUAUAGGUUAUUUCAAAAAGAUAUAUAUAUAUAUAUAUAUAAAUACGAUAUGAUUUUCCAAUUAUAGAAGUUAAAAAUCUCAUCAAAAUAGGAUUAUUAUUUUAGUUUUUUAAAAGUUUAGGAAAUAUUGUGUUAGAGAAGUUCUAUUUAAAUAUAAUUAAUAGUUUGUUUUUUGAUUUCUUAAAAUUUUUGAAAAAAAAAAUUAUCAAAUAAAAAAUAAUAUAUAUUUUUUAUUUUCAAUAUAUUCACAUUUAAAUAUUAUACAUAUUUCACUUAAUAAAUUUUAAAAUAUUAAUACAUUUAUACUUAUACAUAAGAUAAAAAUUAAAUAUUAUUGAUUUUUAAUUUUAAUAAUAUAUUUAUAAGUUCAAUUGUGGUUCAAUCAUCGAUUCAAUUGGUGAACUAUGAACUAGUAACUUUUUUUGUUCAAUAAUCAAUUCGAUUAUAAAAAUAUUGAUAAGUAAUAUAUAUAAAUCAAAGUCAAUUGGUUUUAAAAAUAGGAGCUUCUUUUUUUUUUUUUAAUUAAUUUUAAAUUUUACAAUACUUAUUCAUUAUUUAAUGUAUAAAUUACAUCGUUCCUCACAUAAUUUUUGAGAAUUUCUUCGGAGAUUAGGUGAGGGAAUUUAAUAAUCUAAAUACGUGUCACUGAUAAUAAAACAUUAAUCUGGUUUGGCAUAAUCCUAUCCUUGGAUUGGAUUAGGACAAGAGUAGUCCAAGCAGGAGGACUCUUUCACAAAACCCUUCCGGUUUUGGAUCGAGGGCAUUUUUUUCCCUUCCCUUCCUCCUAUACAAACCAGAGUUUAUUCUGGAAUAGAGGUGAAAGAUGCAACACGACGAAGUGAUAUGGCAGGUCAUCAGGCACAACCACUGCAGUUUCAUGACCAAAAUCACAACUGGGAACUUUUGCCGCAAUCCCUAUAACGUAACUGGGAUUUGCAAUCGCAGUUCCUGCCCUCUGGCCAAUAGUCGCUACGCCACAAUUCGAGACCAUGAUGGAGUGUUUUAUCUAUACAUGAAAACCAUUGAAAGAGCCCAUAUGCCAAACAAAUUAUGGGAACGGGUUAAAUUGCCACGAAACUACGGAAAGGCUCUUGAGCUUAUUGACAAGCAUCUAAUGUUUUGGCCGAAGUUGCUUGUUCACAAAACAAAGCAGCGUCUCACUAAAAUGACUCAGAUGCGAAUUCGCAUGAGGAAGCUUGCAUUGAAAACAAGGGAGAAGAUAAUGACCACACCUAGGAAAGAGAAGAAGAGAGAGGCUAGAAGAGAGGAAAAGGCCGAAAAAGCUGCGGUUUUGGACAAGAGCAUUGAGAAAGAAUUGCUGGAACGUCUUAAGCGUGGAGUUUAUGGUGACAUAUACAACUAUCCUGUUAAAGAAUAUAAUAAAGUUCUUGAUAUGGAAGGACUACAAGCUGCUAGUGAAGAUGAAGAAGAGGAGGAGCCUGAAAUUGAAUAUGUUGAAGGCUAUGAAGAACUUGAAGAAGAAGAUGAUAUUGAAGAUUUUGGUGGCCUUGAGAUUGAUGAGUCUCUCAAGGAUGAAGAUCUCGAUGAUGAUGAGAUGGAUUUAAUUGACCGAAAGAGAGUGAGAAGAGGAUCUGGGUCAGCUCAUGGAAAGCUUGACAAAGAUGAACGAGGCGCAAAUUUGAAAAAGAGACCAAGGGUACUUGUUGAGGUAAAUAUCUGUUUCGAAUUAUGCAAGUAUGGUAACUUAAGAUAUGUAUCCAUUCAACCCUGACGAUGUUUCUUCCUUUAAUGAGUAUGAUUCUGAUAAUUUUUUUU